AUGCUCAACAUCUACCAUUUGUUGGGCGUGCCAGCAUCUGGCUUCAACUCGAAGCCAUUUGUAACCUCAUGGUUGCUACCACAAUACCCCCUCGCUCUAAUACGUCUCAUAAUAUCAGUCUACAUAGUCACAUCAAUCAGCUACUCAUACGCUUACUUUGCCAAGCACAAGGUCACGUUCCAUUUACAAGAUAUUGGACUCAAACCGGUCACUUUUCAGGUCGGUGCUGAAGGAAUUCGCCAGUCGUUCAGCUAUUUCACCUACGAGUCCUACUGGAGCCAAGCCUUCUACUUCUUCUUCGCAGCGCUACACACGUUCGACUCGGCUCGAAAAGGAAAUGCGUUCCUCGACUACUGGCCAAGGCCUUUGCAAGCCAUGCACAGCGUCUUCUACUCAUGCGUCACCGCCUUUCCAUUCUUGGUGAGCGCGGUGUAUUGGGCGUCGAUGUAUGCCGGCCCGUGGUUUGAUCACGACUUCGAUCGCUGGAGCGCUCUUUCAAUACACGGCCUCAAUUCAGUGUUCGCAUUAUUUGAGGUGAUUGUCACCAGAACCAAACCCCAGCCAUGGGCUCAUCUUGGCAUUUUGCUCUUAAUAAUGUCACUGUACCUUGGGGUGGCAUACAUCACCAAAUAUACGGAGAACAUAUACCUCUAUCUGUGGCUAGAUCCAAACAAUGGAAUCCCACAGCUAAUUGCGCACGUCGUUGGAUACGCCAUGACAAUAGUUGUCAUCUUCAACGUCGUUCGAGGGGCGAUCUGGUUCCGAUGCUCGCGUCUCCGCGAGGCACCUCCGCCAGACGCAAGCGAUGACCAUUGGGAGGCGAAAUCAAUGAGCCAUGUCUCGCUCUUCUCCAGCCAGACAUCGACGCUUGCAGCAAUUCAAGAGUCGAAAAGUCUAGGGGUUCACCAAUACGCAGAUAUCGAAAAGAUUGGCGAAGCGUCAAGUGCCAACAUUCCCCUCUACGCUCAAUCAACGAAGCGGUCAAGUCUCUCGUCAUACAAUGAUGCAAAGUCCCGAGCUUCGACCGUGACUAUAGCGAUGCCCGAGAAGUUUCACGAAGCGUCAAGCAUCAACAUACCGCUUCCGGAAAUGCCAGAUGCCGUCCAUCGAGCUGACGGUUUCCCAAAGCGAAACUCGAGCUAUCAUGUGAGGAACUUCUCGAGGCCAACUUCUGCCUGUACAACGUCGCCAAGUCUUAAAGGAUUCUGGAUGUGA